CCGCGCUUAUUCACCUUUAUUUUUGGAAGCGACACGGCUUAAGAACGACUUGUCACUCGACGCGCUGUGCCGCGCUGGCGUAUGAGGUGUGUGUUCUCAGCGACGAACGAUGUCGAUGCAGACGACGAUGGAGCAAAAGAGCGAUUCGGUGCCGUUGAUGAACGGUAACGGCAGACUCGCCGAGGAGGACCGAAAGAGUGCACCGGCGAGAUUUUGGAGGAAAAUACACAUGAACGAAUGGACGUUCAGCUUGUCGCUUUUGGUAUUUUCAUUCUCCAUCGUCCUGGGCAAAUUGUUCACGAAUUACGGAAAGCUGUCAUGGCAAAACAAUGAUCAGUACUCUCUGCCGUCAGUUACGAGGUUCACUGCACUGUACAGUACAAUGCCAAGUGUAUCUGCUUUAUCGCAAUUUGAUAUGAAACAAAUACCAGUCGAUAGCGAAAAGUUUUUCAACGCCAGUAAUUUAUACGCAGAGGCAGCUGCUAAUGCACUUGUCACAGUUUACGGAAAGUACGACUGGCUGUUAAAAGCGAUGAUGAAUGGACUCGUGUUAACGAGUUUCAGUUGGUUCAUCCUUUACAAGGACAGCAGUGAACCUGGUAUCAAUCCACCAUUUCCAUUCAGUCCUUCCAGACAGAGGAGACAUGAGGGAUCAAGGAUACAGCUGAACUAUUUAGUUGGUGCGUUAAACGGGCUAUUAUUAUUCAUCUACAUGUGCCUCUAAUUUUGUGGUGAUAUUAUCAGAUCUCUAUUUUUUUUUUUAUUUAAUUUACCUGAUAUUAUUUAUUUGAUUUAUUUAUCACAUCGCAUUAUUGAUGACACUGUGUUUAUUUAUGGUUAACUGUCGUAUACGGUAUGUGAGAAAUUGUAGAAAACUACCAGUGAUAGACAGGGCAUCUUAGUAUUUUGUAGUUUUUUUUUUUGUUUUUUAAUAUAUUGCAACAUUUUGUGCAAUAUAUUUAAUAUAUUACCGUAAAUAGUUGUUUUCGUAAACGCUUUCUGUUUCAUUUUGAGGACAUUAAAAGUUCUCGAGCUUCCAAAAUAAAGGGAAUAACCCUUUGGUUUUAGUUUGAUAUAGUUCCAUCUUUGGACGAAUCAAAGAUAAAUAGCGCAUAAAUAUUUCUGAAAUGCAGCAAACUUCAAAAUAAGAUAUAUUAUUAAAUAUUUAUAAAAAAUGUAACUCUAAUUUCAUAUACUACUAAUCAUAUUAACUUUGUACAAAAGGUGUUGAACCGGUGCGGUUGGAUGAUGCACAACAUCCAAAAAUGUCAGAGUACAAAAUGUCCAUUGUUCCAUAUUUUCAAAAUUUUAAGCGGCUAUCUAUUGCUGCACUAUUUAAGACUGAUUGAUAUUAUUCGAUAAAAUGAUAUAUAUUAAUAAGCUAGAAUAAGUAUUGCAAAAUACAACUUUAUUUUGCAUGCAGGAUAUCAGGUGCUUUAACAGAACACAGAACAAUAUUGUUUAAAAGGUAACGUUACAUUUAAUAUUUUUAAUGCAUUGUUCCGAAUCUAUGUCAUGUUUUUAAAUACGGUUGAAAUUCCUCAUUAAAGAGACGGCUACAAUAUGCCAAGAACAUGUCACAAAAAAUAUUGCAACCUGUGAAGCGAAAAUUGUAUUACUUAGGCGUCUUAUACAAUAUUUAUAUAAUAUAUAAUUUAAAUUUAAUUUAAUAUAAAUUUUUGUAUAAUAUUAUAAAUGGCCUAUCACAGCUUCGAAAUUGCAAAGUUAUUUAAAAAUUACUUUAGCAGCGGAAAUAAUAGUUAUAUUUAAACGAAAAAGUAUUAGUGUCAAAAGUAGAAAAGGCUAUUUCUUGCAUAAUAAGCUUUAUCUUUUCCAGCUAUCAUAAGUAUUAUUCAAUAUACUAAGAAAUGCUUUAUUUUUUAAACUAAUAUUGAUAAGAUUAAGAGUAUUCGUUUUAUCAUGUAAGGCAUGCCUUAUCGUUGAUAUCACUGUACAUAUAUAUAGCGUUUCUUUGCACAAGAUUCCUGUAAACGCCUGUGAAAUAAUAAUUCUGUUUAAUAAACGUUUGACUAAUA